UAUACUGUAAACCCCGCGUGUACGUUAGAGAGUAGGAGCACCGGAACGAGGAGUGUGGUGUGGGGGCGGACAUUUCGAAGCCCAACCUCUUCAAAGUUCCAACUGCACUAACCAACCAAGCUCGCUCACAAUAAAACGCCAUUUCCCUCUUCUCGAUUUUGCCUCCGUAAUUCCCUAUAUAUCCCCCCUCUUUUGUCUCGAUUCCUUCAUUUCCUCCUUCGUUUUCGUUUCCUCCUCUCGUUUUCGAUUCCCUUCGUUUUGAUUCGGUUUCGCUUCCAUGGAGUCUGCCGCUCUUCUCCGCUCCUUUCACUGUUCUGUUGGAACUACUUCACACGUGUGCUCUUCACUUGAGAAGCCUAGUCUGGUACGCGUAUUAUAUAAUGCUAGCUGGGCUAUUUCAAGGAAAUCAUCCAUUCAAGGAUCAACAAUUAGUGGGAAGCCCUUUGUUUCAUCAACGAAGUGGAAGGGAAUGGUUGUAUCAUCUGUGAAGACAUCUGAAGCUACAGAAACAUCCAAGUCGGAUGGCUCAUUGGAGAAGAAGGCUCCACUCAGUGCUACUUUUCCCAAUGGAUUUGAGGCAUUAGUACUAGAAGUCUGUGACGAGACAGAAGUUGCUGAGCUGAAACUAAAGGUUGGAGAUUUUGAAAUGCAUCUGAAGCGGAACAUUGGAGCCACAACAGCUCCUAUGUCCGGAAUGUCACCAAGUACACCACCACCUGUUCCGACUAAACCCAUGGUUGAAUCAGCACCUGUUGCCCCACCACCAUCACCAUCAAAAGCUCCUAGUCCAUUUACAAAUGUGCCUGUGGAGAAGUCUUCGAAGUUAGCAGCAUUAGAGGCUUCUGGAUCAAGUGGAUAUGUCCUAGUAUCAUCCCCAACGGUUGGCUCAUUUAGAAGGGGCAGAACAGUGAAAGGGAAGAAGCAACCUCCUAUCUGUAAAGAGGGCAAUGUAAUAAAGGAAGGACAAGUAAUUGGAUAUUUGGAUCAGUUUGGCACUGAACUUCCUGUGAAGUCAGAUAAGGCUGGAGAAAUUUUAAAGAUCCUCUUUGAUGAUGGAGAAGCUGUUGGUUACGGAGAUCCUCUUAUUGCUCUCUUGCCAUCGUUUCAUGGUAUCAAAUGAGCUCUCCCCAAUCCAUGGGUAUUCCCAGAUAAUCAUUAUUGUUGGAGAGGUGUGAGGCUUGAAGUUUUUAUUUUAUUUUUGUUUUUCCUGGAGUCAUGUUAUUCGUUCCAUCUUUUGCCUCUUUACCUCCCUCGUCUGAAGUAGGGGACGCUAGUGUAGUAGGUCCUGUGUUCUUGAUAUUUCUUGCAGUUGAAUUGGCUGUAGAUUGGGGAAGAAUUGUUUUAAGCAUUAUAUAUUGAGAAAUGGUUUGUUCUGUCA